GCGAUUGAAGCGCUGUUAACCUGGAAUGUACCAAACUUUGAAUAAAGGCAUAUAAAUAUUAGACAUUAUUUCAUUUAGUAAUGAAUGAAAAUAUAAUGUUUAUAUGGGAAAUAUUGAUCGCUUUUAUUAUUACAAAACAAAGAUAUUAAGUUAAAUAUUCUAUUAACUUUAUAUAAUUGAGAUGACAUUUAUUAGCUAUUUAUCCAUAGAUAUUAAAAUCUCGCAUUUUAUUGGAUUUGGAAUUGCGAACAAAAAGGUAUUAUGACAUGCGAAUCAGAUGCUUGGGAACUGUACAGUAAUUGGAAAAAAAUUCCGACCACUUCAAAUUCAAUUCCACGAUUUUAUUAUAAAAUUCCAUAUGAAGAUGGUAGUUUAUGUCAAAAACUCCGCGAAGAAGCCAGAGCAGUUUUUAUUGAACGAAAAAAUAAGGAAUUAUUAGACAAUGAAGAUUUAAAGGAAUUAUGGAUGUUACUUGAACAAAAUCUGUCAGCACCAUAUGCAAAUGAAGAUCAUAUGAUUAAUUAUUUGGAUUUCAAAAAGGUUUCUAAUAAAAGUGAUGAAAAAUUUAAAUCUUAUUUUUCAGCUAAGAUUUUUGCUAAAUUGUUGCAAAAUGAUAAACAUGGACGCAUUUCUAUUCGGCAUUUUUUCAACUAUGUGAUGAGAAAAGUUUGGUUGCACCAAACAAGAAUUGGUUUGUCAUUUUAUGACCUUGCUGGUCAAGGUUAUUUGAGAGAAGUUGAGCUAGAAAAUUAUAUAUUGGAAUUGAUCCCUACUUUGCCACAGCUUGAUGGAUUGGAAACAUCUUUUCACUCCUUCUAUGUUUGCACAGCUGUAAGGAAAUUUUUCUUUUUCCUAGAUCCUCUGAGAACCAAUAAAGUUAAAAUUCAAGACAUUUUAGCUUGCAGCUUUCUUGAUGAUUUAUUAGAACUUCGUGAUGAAACACUACCAAAAGAUGUGCAGGAAGCAAACUGGUUUUCAGCUCCUUCAGCUUUACGUGUCUAUGGACAAUACUUAAAUUUAGAUACAGACCAUAAUGGAAUGUUAAGUAAAGAGGAACUCUCCAGGUAUGGAACUGGAACUCUGACACCUACUUUUAUUGAACGAGUCUUUCAAGAGUGUUUAACAUAUGAUAGAGAAAUGGAUUACAAAACUUAUCUGGAUUUUGUAUUGGCAAUGGAAAAUAGGAAGGAACCACAAGCAUUACAGUAUUUUUUUAGACUCCUAGAUAUUGAGCAAAAGAAUUACCUCAGUGUUUUUGACUUAAACUAUUUCUUUAGAGCUAUUCAAGAACAAAUGAAAGCCCAUGGUCAAGAACCUGUUCUGUUUGAAGAUGUGAAAGAUGAAAUAUUUGACAUGAUAAAACCAACAGAUCCGUUUAAAGUCACUCUAUCAGAUUUAAUACUUUGCGGGCAAGGUGAUACUGUUGUCAGCAUUUUGAUCGACUUAAAUGGAUUUUGGACUUAUGAAAACAGAGAAGUUCUUGUCGCAGAUAAUAAUGAUGAAGCUGAAGUUUGAAACAUAAUUCUUCUCAUACAUUACAAACAUUUGAUAUUUUGUCAGCGGAAUAACUGCUUUCCUUCUAUAAGUAUAAAAGUACAACAUUUUUAAUAAAUGCUUUUGACUACA